AAAAGAAAAGCAAAGUGAACAAUUCACAUCAGAGAAGAUGCCACCUUAAGCUACGAUAAUGUCAACAGAGAAAACAGCCAACGCUCACAGCUAUGAAGCCUUACCCGACGACACGACCCCCACCGCUCCACCUUACAGUCUUCCACAUUAUGUUGCUCCAGUUCUCCCUGAAUGUAAUGCCCCACCAGAUCCCCAGAUGUGGAAGGUUCCCACGGUGGCGCCACAGUGGAGCUUUGCUGCCGUCAUCCCUCAGAUUACAGAAUCAUCAAAGUUUUAUCAAAUCUUCCUAAAAGGGAAACCCAAAGCUCUUGGGAUUGUUCUGAUUUUGGCGGCCAUAUUGCAAGUUGCUGUUGGGAUUGGUCUUUUUUUCACCACAUUUUCAGCUUCAUUACCCAGUGGAAUUCCAUUUUGGGGUCCAAUCUUUUAUAUCAUUGCAGGAUCCCUGACAAUAGCAGCUCAGGCUAAACCCAGCAUCUGCCUGAUCAAAGGCUCUCUGUCCCUGAACAUAUUGACUAUAGUAUUCAGUGCAAUUGGACUGGUGCUGACCUGUGUAGACCUGGGGAUUAUUUGGUGUUUUCCCCGCAGGUUGUGUCGCAGUAGAAUUAUUGGAGGAUAUUUCAUUGACUCAAUUCUUCUUGUGACAAAUCUUCUGCUUUUCUGCUUAGCGAUGUCUUUGUCAGUCUUUGGAUGUCGCUCUUUGAGUCAAGCAUCUUCUAUUGUUCCUCAGGUCUUUGUAAUACAGAAUGAUGUCGUGAUUUCAAUGCCCCCAUCUGUAUACUUUGCAACAGUUCCUGCAUUUCCUCAGACACAACCUCCUGCACCCCCACCUCCUCCUUACAUGGGGGACACAGAAGAUGACAUGAAAAAAACAGCAUAAAACAUCGGGACGAAUGUCGCUUGAAUCUACAGAUACAUUAGAAGAUCAUUGUAAUGUAAAAUAGUAUUUAUAUAAGGAUCUCAAGUGCAUUUGGUACUAAAGCACAGCUAUAUCCUGAAUCUGUGCUCUGUCCACACUGGAGUCAUGGGUCUUGUUGUCAAAGUUUUUAUGAAAAAUAUCAAGGGUCCAAUUUAAUCCACUUUGUUAGGGUCCGAACAGAUCCUAUUGACUUACAAUUCAUUAUUCAGGUUUGUCCAGUGUAAAAUUUUUUUCAAAUCAACUGGUGCCAG